UAGUAAGCAGAGAAGAGGGAGUAGGAGAAGGAACACUUUUAUCUGUUUAUUAUUUCAUCUACAAAAUAUUCGUAAGGCACAAUUAUCAUUUCCUUUUCUUCUCGCCACAUUAUUAACAGUGAAAAACAAAACUCCAAACACCAAAUCAGCAUUCUAUCGUCUCCCGGCCCGGUACGAAAGGGCGUCGCUGAUUGGCUGCACCUUUCCCUCACAGACGUUCGGUGCCAGACUACGCGUCGCUUAUUACGUGUACAACACAGGCGGUAUUAAUUCAAUGAUGUACCUUUACGUGCUGCUGAAUGUCGCUAUCAUAAGUAAAAAGGCUGGAAACAUUUUAGAGGAAGUUUCCUGUUAUAUUCAUCAUAAUUUCUUCAUUUUCUUUGUUUUCUUUAUGAAGUUUCCUGUGAGUUCUUCAAUCACUGGUGAGUCUCAUGGUGUCAGCUAGGAUAACCUGUCUUGUGUACGCAGUGAGGUGAGGCACACAAAGCACUACCACUGCGGCGGCAACACGUACCUAGUGUGGGCCCGACAGUCACCGACGGGAGGGUGCACCCAUUCACCGACGCCCACUCAUGCUGGGAGCCAAGGGUCCAGCUUAAGUGACCUGGUUGUACCUGAAAUUGUAAAAAAAGAUUAUAUUAAUCACUGAAAUGUUAAGAAUUUCAAUCAAUAAAGAUAACUAAAAGAAAAAUCCAUAUCAGAUUGGCAUGUACUAAACUUUAAUGAGAGUGCGUACUGAAAAAAUAAUGAUGAUAACAGUAAUAAUAUUCUAUCUAUCUAUCUAUCUAUAUACCAGACCGGCAAUCCCACACAGGGUGGCGCAGAUAAAGCACCACACACACACACACACACACACACACACACACAUCAUUCACAGUCUAAACCCCGCCGGCCCCUGGUGGAAAGGGACAGUCUCAUGUGCCACUCCAUUACACCCCCGGAGCUUAGGCAUGACACAGCUGGCCAUAAUAGCAAUAGUAAUAAAUCUCUAUACUCCACAUCCCAUAAGUGAAACCUGUGUUUUCAUGACCAUAGGUUUUUGGGAAUUUUCACUGAUUACUACCUACUACUGUGAUAUACUACCACCACUACGAUCAUUACUACUAUUACUACUACUACUACUACUACUACUACUACUACUACUACUACUACUACUACUACUACUACUACUACUACUACUUAGGUAACGUGUGUAAUGUUAUGCUUAUCGUGAAUCAUUAAGUAGAAGUCGACUGAUAAAUUUAUCCACUAUAACAAACAACAACAACUAAUACUACUGCUUCUACUUUCACAAAAACAACAACAACAACAACAACAACUACUACUACUACUACUACUACUACUACUACUACUACUACUACUACAACUACAGGCGUGGAGGCGCGAGUGGGGGCGGUGGGGCAUCACUGGGUGCGGCUGGAGUGGGGGGAGGAGGGCGAGGAGGAGGAAGGAGACGAGAUGGGACUGCAGGCCGACACCACACAUCCUUCCUCGCGCCCCUCCAGCCCGGGGGAGGGUGAAGGCGUGAGCGAUGCGUAUGAAGACUAUCUGGCUCUGGCUUAUGCUAAAGAGGUAGACUCCGAUACUUAUCCACAAGACGAGGAUGGUUUGGCAGAUGGGCCGCUGGAGGAGGAGGUGGACAGGACAGAGGUGUUUACAGAGAGGCCAGUGAGGGUGUUUACUGUUCAGCUCCUGCGUCCGAGGACUGGCUGGGUCACUGUGUACAAGGGGAGCGGAGGAAGCUGUCUGCUGCAGGGCCUCUCCCCCUCCCAGGACGUGACGGCCAGAAUACAGGUGGCUCAGGAUAGCACAGCCUCCCCCUGGACCCUCGUCACAGCCCACACCAAGAGUCUUCCAGUCAGCGGGCAGGACCUGGUGGAGGCCGUGAGGGAGAAUAACGCCACUUCAGUUCGCGAUGUCCUCACUGACCUCAUGCGCUUCUCACAGGUGGAGCGGGUGGACGGCGCGGUGGAGGGGGGACACACGGCCCUGGUGGCGGGGGUGGCUGCGGGGGCCAGGGAUGCCUUAGCCGUGCUGGUCGAGCGGCGGGCUGCCGUGGCCUCCGCUACCGCCGGGCCGCACCUCACCCCUCUCGCUAUGGCGGCCUGGGAGGGGCGCACCGAUCUGGCCAGGAGGCUCAGAACCGCAGGGGCUGACUGGAACCUCCCGGACAGGAACGGCUUUACGGCGCUGCACUACGGCGUGGCGGGGGGACGGCUUGAGGUGGUGAAGGCGGCGCUGCAGGAUGGGGCUGACGUGAAGCUUCCAGCGGGUUGCCAUCCUCCCCUCACGUUGGCUCUGGCUGGCCUCUCCUCACGCGCCGCUACCUCCAGUAGGUCAGUCUGUGUGUGUGUGUGUGUGUGUGUUGGUUGUCAUGGUUUUUUCUUCGGUUUUGACUUCAUCUUUCAUCGUCUUGUUGUUCUUGUUCUUCUCUUUUUUUUCUUCUUGUUCUUGUUCUUUUUAAUGUUGUUCUUCUUCUUUUUAUGCCUGCUGCUGCUGCUGUUCUUUUUUUCUUUUUUUCUUUCUUUCUUCUUUUUCUUUUCCAUUUCAGCUCCUUCGUCCUUAUGUUUCUCCCUCUCUUCUCUCCUUCCUUCCCUUUCCAUAUCUUCGUUCUCCUCCAUUCUCUCUCUCUCUCUCUCUCUCUCUCUCUCUCUCUCUCUCUCUCUCUCUCUCUCUCUCUCUCUCUCUCUCUCUCUCCCUCUCUCUCUCUCUCUCUUCAUAUUCUCUAUCCAUUUAUUAUCCUUCUCAUCUCUCUUCCUCGAAAUCGGUUAAUCUUCACUCAUGUCCUCCUCCUCCUCCUCCUCC